AUGGGUCAGCUUGAUGGGAAGAUCAUACUGCUGUCUGCAGCAGCACAGGGGAUUGGACGAGCAGCUGCUAUAGCUUUUGCUAAAGAAGGAGCCAAAGUCAUUGCUACAGACAUCAAUGAGUCUAAGCUGCAAGAACUGGAGAAAUAUCCAGGCAUUCAAAUACGGGUUCUGGAUGUCACCAAAAAGGAGCAGAUAGAGAAUCUGGCCAAGGAGAUUGAAAGGAUUGAUGUCCUGUGUAACAUUGCAGGGUUUGUUCAUCAUGGAACCGUUCUGGAGUGUGAAGAGCAAGACUGGAACUUCACUAUGAACCUCAAUGUUCGCAGCAUGUAUCUAAUGAUCAAGACGUUCCUUCCUAAGAUGCUUAAACAGAAAUCUGGAAAUAUUAUAAAUAUGUCUUCUGUGGCAUCCAGCAUUAAAGGAGUUGUGAACAGAUGUGUAUAUAGUACUUCAAAGGCAGCAGUUAUUGGUCUAACAAAGUCUGUGGCUGCUGAUUUCAUUGAACAAGGUAUCAGAUGCAACUGCAUAUGUCCUGGAACUGUUGACACACCAUCUUUACAGGAAAGAAUCCAAGCCCGGCCUAACCCAGAACAGGCAUUGAAAGACUUUCUUGCCAGACAGAAGACUGGUAGGAUGGCUACUGCCGAAGAAGUGGCCCAUCUCUUUGUGUACUUGGCCUCUGAUGAAUCUGCCUAUGUGACUGGUAAUGAACUAAUCAUCGAUGGAGGAUGGAGCUUGUGA